AUGCCUCGUAAGAGGCCGCAAGAUGAACUCAAUGGUGAUGUGCUGCAGCAAGAGGCGCAAGCUACCGGCCCCAAUGACCAGAAAUCUGAAGAGGGGAUUGUGGAUACACCUAUCCCUCUGCUCACGUGGCGUUCUUUCUUAAUGGGCAUUUUCGUGUCAAUGGGUGGUUUCCUCUUCGGCUACGACACUGGCCAAAUUUCAGGCUUCUUGGAGAUGCCGAACUUUCUCCAAAGAUACGGACAACAGCAAGCUGACGGAACAUACUAUUUCUCCAAUGCCCGUUCGGGUCUGAUUGUCGCGCUGCUAUCAAUCGGUACCUUGAUUGGCGCCCUUAUUGCAGCUCCCAUCGCAGAUCGCGUUGGCCGGAAAUGGUCCAUCAGCGGCUGGAGUGCCAUGGUGUGUGUCGGUAUCACCAUACAAAUAUCUUCCCCUUUCGGAAAGUGGUACCAGGUGGCCAUGGGUCGUUGGGUCGCUGGUCUCGGCGUUGGGGCUCUAUCAUUGCUUGUUCCCAUGUACCAAGCAGAAACUGGACCAAGGCACAUUCGUGGAUCUCUUGUUAGCACUUAUCAGCUUUUCAUCACCCUUGGAAUCUUCGUCGCCAAUUGUAUCAACUUCGGAACAGAAGCUCGAAAUGAUACAGGCUCCUGGCGUAUUCCCAUGGGCAUCACCUACAUUUGGGCCAUGAUCCUGGGCUUCGGAAUUGCACUAUUCCCCGAAAGUGCCCGGUACGACUAUAGACAUGGAAGGGAGGCGAAAGCAGCUCGUACCCUAUCGAGAAUGUACGGGAUUCCUGAAAACCACCGUAUGCUGAAGCUCGAGAUCGGCGAGAUCAGGCAGAAGUUCGUGGAAGAACAGGAACGCGGAGAGAUAACCUGGUCUCAUCUUUUACAUGCACCCCGCAUGAAGUAUCGCGUCGCAGUGGGAGUCGCCCUUCAAGCACUGCAACAAUUAACGGGAGCGAAUUACUUUUUCUACUACGGGACGACGAUCUUUCGAGGCGCCGGGAUUUCAAAUUCCUACGUAACACAAAUGAUUCUUGGCGGUGUGAAUUUCGGAACGACAUUCCUAGGGCUGUACCUGAUCGAGAACUACGGUCGUCGCCGAUCCCUGAUAACAGGAGCAUUGUGGAUGUUUGUUUGUUUCAUGGUUUUCGCCUCGGUGGGCCAUUUCUCUCUAGACCAUGAAAACCCAGAACGGACACACACAGCUGGUGUGGUCAUGGUUGUUUUCGCCUGCCUUUUCAUUCUCGGUUUCGCAUCAACAUGGGGUCCCAUGGUGUGGACCAUUAUCGCAGAGCUGUAUCCCUCCGAAUUCCGUGCCCGCGCCAUGUCUCUCGCCACAGCAUCCAAUUGGCUCUGGAACUUCCUUCUCGCCUUUUUCACCCCCUUCAUCACCAGUGCCAUUGACUUCCGCCUCGGCUACGUCUUUGCCGGCUGCCUCUUCCUUGCGGCGGGCCUGGUUUACGUGGCAGUCAUCGAAGGUCGUGGCCGUACAUUGGAAGAGAUCGAUACCAUGUACGUUAUGAAGGUGCCGCCCUGGAAGAGCUCCAAGUAUGUAUUUCCGGACAUCGAUCCAUAUGAUCGUCGCGGUUCGAUUUUAUCGAAAGCAGGGGCUUCUCAUAUUCCCCAGGUGAGCGGUGGAAACGAGACUCUCAGCCCCCACACAACUGAGGUGUAA